AUGGCAACCAUCGAAGCACAGGACCUCAGAGAAAGAAUCGGGCGCUUUCGAGUUCUGAUCAUGGGGAGAGCAAACGCAGGCAAAACGACCAUCCUUCAAAAGGUCUGCAACACCACGGAUCAACCAGAUAUAUACGAUACCAAAGGAAAAAAGAUCGAUGCUGCCAUCGUGCAAUCAUCAAUCAAGCGUGGAAAUCACGAUAUCACCAACGAGAUGGUGUUCACAAGUAAUCCCACUUUCGUCUUUCACGACUCGUGCGGUUUCGAGGCAGGGUCUGAAGAAGAAUUCGAGAACAUGAAGAAGUUUAUCUCAGAUCGCGCACAUGCAACGAAAUUAGAGGACCGAAUUCAUGCUAUCUGGUAUUGUAUUCCGAUGGACGACCAUUGGCGAACAUUUCAGCGGUCAGAAGAGAAGUUUUUUCAGGAGUGCGACACAGGGCAUGUUCCUGUGGUCGCGGUGUUCACCAAGUUCGAGGCUUUGCGUCCAGUCGCGUAUGGUGAUAUCAAGAAACAGCUACUAGGGAUAUCGGGCGAAGAGCGCUCAAAGAGGAUUGCCGAGCGCGUUGAGGAACUGUUCAGUAGGACAGGAGUCUUGGAUCGGUUGUACAACCCCGAAAACCGUGCGCGUCCCAAGUCCUAUGUACGCUUGCAAAAUAUGAACAAACAGAAUACAAACUGCGACGCUCUACUGGAAAGCACCACUCUCGCACUGGACAACGAAGAAUUACGGUUGUGCUUGGUGUCGACACAAAAAUCGAACCUGGAGCUUUGCAUCAAGUGGGCCAUCGCGUGA